AUUAAUGCUAAAUGGAAUACUGAAUAUAUAUACUGUUUUAUGUAUAGUAUAUGACUAUAUAUAACAACAAGAACUUGGUUUAGUCCCGCGCCAGAUGAUCACAAAUUUCAAUUGAAUUUAAUCAAAAUCAAACAAGAAGCAAAGCACAAAAAAAAGCAGAGAAAAGAAAGGAAUGAAAAAAAUAAACAUAAACUAGAGAUUUAAUUUUGAGUGCCUGCACAUGUAUUAGUGUAUCUGUGUGCCGUAUCUGUAUCUGUAUUCUGUGACCGAGAAACUUAGUUCUGCGACAGCCUCCUCCGGCAAUUUUCUUUUCUUUAUUCGUUUUCCGCUGUCUAUCGUCUGGCUGUCUGUUCAUUGAAACGAACUUCAAAACUAUCAACCGAGCAGCCGUCAGUGAGUGCGGGUGUGUGUGCCCUGGUACAUGUAUUAGUGAGUGGUUUAGUGUCUCUUAGUGUGUCGCCAUGGGUAAAAUGGUGAACGAAGAAAUUGCCACGGAGCCGGUGCAGCUGGAGAAAGUGGAACUCUCGAAAUUCGGUGAAUACUGCCAGCGGCAUGGCAUCAAUCCGAACCUGAUAAUGCUCAAGAUCACACUCUUUGUGAUGUAUGGCGCCACCUCCUCGCUGCUGCCGUACCUGACGAUACACAUGCAAUCGAUUGGCCUGACGGUCGAGGAGAUUGCAAUUAUCUACCUGGCGCUGCCCUUCACCACCUUUCUUAGCCCGCCCAUAACAGGUUUUCUCGUUGACAAAUUUGGCAAAUACAAGCCCGUUGUGGUGAUGAGUCUACUGCUGAAUGCGAUUUUCCAUCACUCGCUGCUGUUCAUUCCACAGCAGGAGAUACCCGGCGUUGUGCCAUCGGCAUUCGUCUUAAGGCAUCCAGAUAGCGGUGACAUUGAGGUCUGGUGGUCGCCCUGUCCGAGCAGAGAGUGUCCGGAGGAGCCUGAGCUGGAAUUGGCCGUGCAUCAAUGCGUUGACUAUUGUUUGAUGCAAGAGCAAGUUAAUCCUCAGCUCUAUACCAAUACGCCGGCGUAUGAUGUUUAUUCAACGGCAACAACAAGAACAACAAAGGGAGCAGCUACUAGGACAUCAACCUCAACAACAGAGAGGAUUACAACGACAACAACUGGAAUGAGCACAUCGAGCAGCACGGGGUUUGCCGCAAUAGAGUCAGAGUCGGAGACGGAGGCAGCCUCCACAACAACAUCAACAUCGCCCACAACAACCACAUCAACUACAACCACCACAUCGCCGGCAUCAUCAUUACCAGCAUUAUUCGCAACGCAAACGAGAAGCAGAUACCAAGAAGUACUUAAUAUGUCAUCGACCAUGUUCCCGCCACUGGAGAAUGCAUCGGCCAUGUCGCUGGUGGUGGCAAAGGAUACCGAGGAGCAGCAGGCAACGUCAGCUGAAUUGUCAGCCAUGUCCAUGCAGGGAUUGAAUUCCUCCACAGACGGUAGCAACCAGCAGCAGCCGGUGAAGAGCAGCAGCUGGGUUCACUCGGACGAUGAGGAUGCCACCUACUUUAUGCUGCAGAUGCAUCCCGACCUCGCCGAUCCCACCGAGCAGCUGGGCAUGGAAAUCGAGCAGGAUGCCAAUGAAACAGUCACCGACAUUCUGCAGCGUUUCGGCAAGGAGCGGCUGGUCAUGGGCAACAUCAAUCUCACGGACAUGGACGAUCUGGAUCUGCGCUGCGGUGGCCUCGUCCGACGUUCGAACAUCUCCGAAAUGGGACCCGAGGCCGUGCAGUGUAUGAUGCAGCGUUGCACCUUCACCCUGAAUGCGCCAGAGAUCUGUCCGCCGGACUACAAGGAAACCGAUGAAACAAUCUUCUGGGUUUACUUUUUGUUAAGAUUUUUGGCCACUACAAUGCUGUCGGCUGGCGUCACCAUAAUGGAUCCCAUAGCCCUGACAAUGAUUGAGAAGUUUGGUGGGGACUUUGGACGCGAGCGUUUGUUCUCCAGCAUUGGCAUGGCCAUAUUCUCACCGAUAACUGGCAUUAUGAUUGAUUAUUCAUCGCGAGGACUGGGCUACACAGACUAUUCGGCGGCGUUCUAUACGUACGAUGUGCUGCUGGUGAUAUCCACCAUGUCGGUGCUGAUGAUGCCGCUGGGCGAGAAACUGCCGGCGGAUAAUGUGUUUAGGGAUUUGUGGAAUCUACUGAAGAUGCCGCACGUAAUUGCCUUUAUUAUAUUCCUGUUUGUUCUCGGCAACUUUUGGGGCUUCAUCGAGAGCUUUCUCUUUCUGUACCUCAAGGAGCUGGGCGCACCCAACUAUCUGCUGGGCAUCACCAUUACGGUGGGCACUGUGAGCAGUAUACCCUUCCUGUAUGGAGCGGAGAAAAUCACACGAAUCUUUGGUCACGUUAAUUUGAUUAUCAUUGCUUUCUUCUCGCAUGCCGGACGCCUGGUUGGCUAUUCCUUUAUCGAGAAUGCCUGGUGGUGCUUCCCCUUCGAGGCCAUGGAGUCAUUAUCCUGCCAUCUCAUGUGGGUGGCCGCUGCCACAUACUGCUCCAUUCUGGCGCCCAAAAGUUUGCUCGCCACUCUCAUUGGUGUACUCGGCAUGGCCCAUUUCAGUCUGGGUCGAGGCAGUGGCAGCUUCACUGGCGGCCUGCUCAUCGGCCAGUUUGGCACUCGAGAUGCCUUUCGGUAUAUGGGCUUGCUGGCCGUUGUCGGCGGCAUUGCCUAUGGCCUGCUCCAUCUGAUUUGGCUGCGUAAAUUCGAUCACACUACCGAGGACUCUGAGGAGGAGGCCGAGGCUGUGGAGGCUGGCGAAACGGAGAAGCUGACUGAGCCAGCUACCAAGGAGCAGGGCACUUCCAUGUCCCUGGAACGUUUGAGUCUGAUGAUUAAGUACAAUCAGAUUGGCAGUUUGUCAUCGUUGCCCAGGGGAUCAAGGGCUGAUAUCCAUGACCAUUUGUCAGUGCGUCGCAGCAGCUACAAUGUGGAGUCUUUGAGAGGCGUGCCACGGCACGGCGUCAUUGGGAGCAGUGCCUCGAAGGUGGAUAUUCUGCGUUCGGCACUCGAAAUCAAUCACAAGUCCUCGAACAACUCCAUGCUGAGCAAGGCUGAUAACAAGACGUCGAAUCAAUCACUGGGCCGCAACCGUGCCGACAGUGCCCCAAAAUUGAAUCACAGUAAUCUGAAGAACAUUUCCCAGCCCGCCCUGGAGGGUGUUGUGCUCGAGGGCGUGGAAUCAACAUUUUUCCCCAGCCGCAUGAAAAAGUAUCCAAGUGGUUUGUUAACUUCAAUACCCGCUGUGGAUUUAUCCGUAAUACCCAGCUCCAUGUUAAUGGACCAAGAGGGUCGCAAGGUCAUACCCGAGGAGACAGAGCUGCAUACCUCGAAGACCACGGUGAGUCUGGGCGAGGCGGAAAAGGUAGAGCUACCACAGCAAUCCAAUGGGAAUGGCAGUGGGCAGAGCCCGCAGGCGACGCAACCGCAGCAGCAGCAGCAGCAGCAGCAGCAGCAGGAGGAUGACAAAACCGAUGCCACUUGAUGGUGCACACAAAUCUCUAACCAGCCCCAAAGUGGCGUAUGAGUGAUAUUAAUAAACCAAAAGCGAAAGAAAAACCACUAACGUGAAAUCCAAUU